AUGGCAGCCAUGCUGAGGAUGAGGCUGCUGCCCGGCCUGGCCCUGGCCCUGGUGCUGGUGCUGGUCCUGGCCACAGGGACCCAGCCGCAGGAGCGCCCCCCCAAGGAGUCCCACAGCCUCAACUGGGGCAAGUUCUCGGGGCUCUGGUACAUUCUUGCCGUCGCCACCGACGCCCCGGGCUUCCUGCCAGCCAGAGACAAGAGGAAGCUGGGGGCCGCCACGGUGGAGGUGCACAGGACGGGCCGGCUGCAGGUGGCCGUCGCCUUCAGGGCGGGAGGGGGCGGUGCAGGGAUCCACGAAGACGCCCCGCCUCUGCCAACCUGGAAACCACAGGCCGCGUCCGGGAGAGGUGCCAGCAGCCCGGGGGCGUCCCGCGGGGCUGGGGCCUGGGUGUCUCCUCCCGGCCGAGGGCCGGGCCCUGGCCACUCUGGAGCCCUCGGAACAGCAGAGCCUCCAGGUCCAAACCCCGAGCCUCCUUCUCACCCGCAGCCCUGUCCCCCGGCCCAGGCCCCAGGGAGCGGAGGGCAGCAGAGUUGGGACCAGGACGUCCUGUGGGGGCCGGGCAGGCGGGGGCUCCCGACCUCACGCUCACGGCCCCUCCGCAGGUCUCGGGGCUGCCAGUCCCAGGGGGUGACCCUGCGGAAAGACAAGAAGGCGGCCGUGUUCAGGAACACCGGGAAGGGCGUGUUGGGCUUCCACGUGCUGUCCACCGACUACAGCUACGGCCUGGUGCUCCUCCGGCUGGGGCGCACGGGCCACACCUACAAGAGCCUGCUGCUGUUCCACAGGCAGAGCGUCCCCAGCUUCCUGCAUCUGAGAGAGUUCAUGGACACGAGUGCUGUGCUGGAGCUCAGCAGGGAGGCGGCCGUGCUCCCCAAAGACGCCUCCUGCACGCACACCCUCCUGCCGUGACACCUGUCCCCUGCUCAUCCUGGGAUUCAGGACCCCAGGCCCUUGGUGUUGCUGCAGAUGACAAGUCGCCCCUUCUGUGGCUCGUGGAGGAGCUUGUUGAGCCCAGGCCGUGUUUGGAGGAAGCCCAGGGGCUCUGGCUCUGAGUGCAGAGCGGAGGGGGCACAGCCCCUGGCAGGAGGAGCCGUGCCGGGCCUGGCGCAGGGUCCUGUCUGCUGUUGAGCAGCCCCGGCCUGCCCAGCAGAAGCCUGGCCCCGCGUCCUCUCCGUGCUGCCGCCCUCAGCCCCAGACGUCCUGCACCGUCUCUGGAAGCUGCUCACCCAUCCCCCAGACCCUCAGAGGCACCUGUGUGCCAUGUGCCAGGCAUCAGGCGAGCAGCUGGGCCGGGAGCCUGAGCAUAGCAGGCAGGCGCAGCCCUUGGUCUGGUGCCCGGUCAGUUACAGCAGCCGGACCAGCAGUCACAGGCCUGAGGCCGCCCGGGAGCCACUGCACGCAGCAGCUGUGCACCUACACCCACGCCACCUGGCAGAGGGCUGGGGAGAGCCUCAUGCAGGAGGGAUGCCGGGCGAGACUCACAGGUGAUAGCAGGGCCUGGUUGGAGCACCUGGGGGAGGAAAUGGCUUUGAUGAGACCAGAGUGGGAGGAAAACGGCCCUUUUCAUUUUGUUUUUUGAGACAGGGUUUCACCGAGGCUCUAAGUUGUCAGGCUGGGCAGGAACUCGCCAUC